AUGAUACUGAAUGGGGAUAACAGAAAGAUAUUUAUCGGUAAUGAAGUGUUUUAUAAGAUAGGAGAGAAUGUUAUUGAGGAAUAUCGAAAAGAAGAUUUUACGAUUGUAAGGAGAAAAGAUUUUUUUCGAGUCAAAGCUGCCAAGGAGUUUGAUGGAAAGUAUUACUUCCUGACCAAGAAGAUGAUGCUGGUUUACGAAGAUUUAUUUGGAGAUCCAAUUCAGGAAACCGAGGUUCCAAACGAGGGAGUUUUUGACUUUCAUAUGCACGAUGGACGGCUAUUUUAUCUAGUAAAGAAAAUGAAUAGAUGCUUGGGAAUUGAUGAGAAGCAGGAUGUACUUUUUGACUUCCAAGCAGGGGUUUAUUUUUGGGAUGCAGCUGAUUUCUAUAUAUGCAGCAACAGAAGCCUGAUCAGGUUUGAUAUUGUAAGGAAAAAGAGUGAGGAAGUUCUUUGCAAUGUUCACAUUAGAUGUCUUUCUGUGAGGAAUGGAAUGAUUGCAUAUGCAGAUGACGCAAACAUUCUCCAUUUCUUGAAAGGGAAGACAAGCCUGUCAUAUCAUUACCACUCUCGAACAGUUGUUAGAAUUAUAAUAACUGCACUAGAAGGCCUUUUGGUUUUAUGCAAAGAUAGAAAGCUUGUUAGGAUAGAAACCAGGAGAGAUGAAAAGGUAUUCCUGACAUCAUUUGAGGGGUACCCUGUAGAUUUCAUACAGGAUAGGACCAAUAUCUAUGUGGUGACAACAUUCUGUGUUCUAGUGUAUGACUCCAAAGCAGGUCAUGUUAAAAAGCAGAUUUUUUCUCUUCCUAGUUUUGAUUACUGUAAGCCUUUAGGCAACUUUGAGCAUGUUGAAGAAGAGAUACCCGGCAAAGAAAUUUUUGAACACAACGUGAAAAGAACCAAAGUCAAUAUACCAUAUGUAUUCAAGAAGGAAUGCACCGGGAAAUCCCUAGAAAGUCUUAUAGUUGCAGUCAGGAGAAACUAUGUUUUCAUAUAUGAUCUUGAAGAAGAGGAUGUGAAAAGGAUAGCUUAUCUUGAAGGGUCUGACUGUUUUUAUUCUUCGGGAUGUGUUGUCAGGCUAUCGUAUGGAGGAAAAAGCAGAAGGGCAACUGCAAGUAUCUAUCGGAUAGAGAACGAAGGCCUAGGAUUUAUUCGAAAGUAUGACAGCAUCGGUAUAUCAGCCACUCCAGAGGAUGUUGUUCUAGAUAGAGGGAGACUUUUUCUUUACCUUGACGGGGGUCUUACUGAAGUAAUUGGGCCUGGGAUUACAAAGCGCCUUGGAAAUGAGAACAUCCGACAGAUUGAAGAAACAAAGGCGGGAGUCUUCUUACUUGAUGGAUGUGGAAUAUUCAAGAUAAAGUCUGGAGAAUGGAUACUAGAGGAUAGGGAUAUUACAUCUUUCCGGAUUUCUGAAGGAACAUUAUUUGUAUCGCUGUUCGGGAGUGGGAUAUAUGGAUUUGAGAUGAAAGAUGGGGCAAUUGAAGAAAAACUGAUCAAUGACACAAACGUUAUGGAAGUUUUUUCAAAAGGAGGAGAAACUAUAGUGGCGCUUAGUCUUUGCGAAGGAGUCCCAGUCCUGAGAAGAUACAGAAAGAGGGAUGGAAGCUGGAAAAAAGACGGAGAGGUUUUUGUAGACAAGAAAAUAGGGAAAAUACUCCAUAAAGACAUUUAUCUUUCAAUAACAAAUAGACUGCACAAGGUAGAAGUUGAGUAG